AAAGACCUGUGAGGAGGAAAGAGAGAGACAGCAGGAGGAGUCAUCAGUGGAGAGAAAGACCUGUGAGGAGGAAAGAGAGAGACAGCAGGAGGAGUCAUCAGUGGAGGAGCGAAAGGAGGCCAGUGUGAAGCCAAGGUUUAUCCAGCUGCGAAAGAAAAGGCCUGCACACACACCCAGUAACAGUCUGGAAAUCUCAAAAAAGGCAAAGAUGGCUGUGGCCGUACAAGUCCCUUCACAGAUGAAUCAGGCUUAUGUAAGCCCAGCCACAGCUGAAGUCCUGGCAAAAUAUUCUCAGAACAUUUGUCCAAAGCCAUCAUCAGGGUUGGAAAUAAUUUUUCAUCAAAGUGAGCUGUUCAAGAGAAAGAGAAAGACCUGCAACAAAAAACAUAUUGACCAACAGGUGGCAGCAUGUGAGGAGGAGGAAAGAAAUAUCUGCGAGGAAAAAAGAGAGAAACAGCAGGAGGAACAUCAGAGGCAAGAAGAACGACAUGGAGAAGAAGUGACAAAGGAGAGGGGGUGUCCAAAGAGAAAAGGACCAGGUGGAGAAGAGGCAGUGAAAGAGGAGGGGAGGUGUCUGAGGAGAAGAGGACAACAUGGAGACAAAGAGGUCAAAGCAGGGAGAGGGUGUCCAAGGAGAAAAGGACCAGGUGAAGAAGAGGCAGUGAAAGAGGAGGGGAGGUGUCUGAGGAGAAGAGGACAACAUGGAGACAAAGAGGUCAAAGCAGGGAGAGGGUGUCCAAAGAGAAAAGGACCAGGUGAAGAAGAGGCAGUGAAAGAGGAGGGGAGGUGUCUGAGGAGAAGAGGACAACAUGGAGACAAAGAGGUCAAAGCAGGGAGAGGGUGUCCAAAGAGAAAAGGACCAGGUGAAGAAGAGGCAGUGAAAGAGGAGGGGAGGUGUCUGAGGAGAAGAGGACAACAUGGAGACAAAGAGGUCAAAGCAGGGAGAGGGUGUCCAAGGAGAAAAGGACCAGGUGAAGAAGAGGCAGUGAAAGAGGAGGGGAGGUGUCUGAGGAGAAGAGGACAACAUGGAGACAAAGAGGUCAAAGCAGGGAGAGGGUGUCCAAGGAGAAAAGGACCAGGUGAAGAAGAGGCAGUGAAAGAGGAGGGGAGGUGUCUGAGGAGAAGAGGACAACAUGGAGACAAAGAGGUCAAAGCAGGGAGAGGGUGUCCAAGGAGAAAAGGACCAGGUGAAGAAGAGGCAGUGAAAGAGGAGGGGAGGUGUCUGAGGAGAAGAGGACAACAUGGAGACAAAGAGGUCAAAGCAGGGAGAGGGUGUCCAAGGAGAAAAGGACCAGGUGAAGAAGAGGCAGUGAAAGAGGAGGGGGGGUGUCUGAGGAGAAGAGGACAACAUGGAGCAGGAGAGAGGAAAAAAAGAUGAUGUAAAGAAAAAGUGAAAAGCAAGAGGGAAAACGUUUUCACAUAAAAGAACAAAAUAAUGACUCACAGCAGGAUUUUUUUUUUGUAAAAUGUUGAUUCUGUUCUUAAAUAUUUCAAAUUAAACAUUGUUUUGAAAUAAAAAGUCA